CAUUAUUAACUCAUGACUCCUGGGAGACUGCAUAAUAGCUCUGUUGCUUUAUGCACUGCAGUGAGAACAUGUAGAUGAAGUGUGAUGAUGAGCAGUCUACACAGAUGGCUGCAAGUUGGGAAGAUGAGAAAGUGUCGGAAGCAUCUUCAAACAGUUUUGUUGCUAUUAAAAUCGAUACCAAAAGUGAAGCCUGCCUACAAUUUUCACAAAUCUGUAUCCUUUCAAUGAAGAAUUGGUGUGUUCCAUCCAGUUUCUUUAUUGGAGACAGUGGAAUUCCUUUGGAAGUAAUAGCAGGAAGUGUUUCUGCAGAUGAACUUGUUACCAGAAUUCACAAAGUCCGGCAGAUGCACUCAUUAAAAGGUGAAACAUCAGAGGCAAAUGGCAGCCAGUCAGAAAGUUCACUUUCUACUCCAUCCACCUCAUUUGAACCUAACAAUACUUCUGAAAACACUCACUCAAGAAAUGUAGAACUUUGUGAGGCAUCACCCACUUCUGAUACCGCAACAGGAGGAGAAAAAUCAGACCAUGCCACUUCAUCUCAGGAGCCUAGAGGAUGUUCAAAUUCAAGACCCUCAGAGGACCUCACUGUCAAAGUGGAAAGACUAACCAAAAAACUUGAAGAAAGGAGAGAAGAGAAAAGGAAAGAGGAAGAACAGAGAGAGAUUAAAAAAGAAAUUGAGAGGAGAAAAACUGGAAAAGAAAUGUUGGAUUAUAAAAGAAAGCAAGAAGAGGAAUUAACAAAAAGAAUGUUAGAGGAAAGAAACAGAGAAAAGACAGAAGAUAGAGCAGCUCGAGAGCGUAUAAAACAGCAGAUUGCAUUGGAUCGUGCAGAGAGAGCAGCUCGUUUCGCAAAGACAAAGGAAGAAGUAGAAGCUGCUAAAGCUGCUGCCUUGCUGGUUAAACAGGCAGAAAUGGAAGUUAAGAGGGAUGCUUCUGCAAGAGAAAGAAGCACUGUUGCAAGAAUUCAAUUUCGUCUUCCUGAUGGUUCUUCCUUUACAAAUCAGUUCCCUUCUGAUGCUCCCCUAGAAGAGGCAAGGCAGUUUGCUGCGCAGACUGUUGGCAACACAUAUGGUAAUUUUUCAUUAGCAACCAUGUUUCCCAGGAGAGAAUUUACCAAAGAAGAUUAUAAAAAGAAAUUACUGGAUUUGGAACUUGCCCCAAGCGCUUCAGUGGUACUGUUGCCAGCAGGAAGACCAACUACAUCUAUGGUACAUUCUUCCAGUGGAGACUUUUGGACAUUGUUGGGGACAGUACUUUACCCAUUCCUUGCCAUCUGGAGAUUGAUUAGCAACUUCUUAUUUAGUAAUCCUCCUCCUGCACAGACCUCAGUGAGAUCAUCUUCGGAAUCCUCAAACCUUGCAUCGUCUAGUAAUUCAGAGAAAAGGGAACCUGUCAGAAAAAGAGUGCUGGAGAAACGGGGAGAAGACUUUAAAAAAGAGGGGAAGAUAUAUAGAUUGAGGACUCAAGAUGAUGGCGAAGAUGAAAACAACACUUGGAAUGGAAAUUCUACUCAACAGAUGUAGUGUGACAAGUACAUUAUGUGCAAUAAUCAUUGUUUCUCUUAUGAUUUAAUUCAACUAAAAUUCUACUGGAGAGGUGGGACUACUUUAUGUUUUUUAACUGAUCGAUAAAGUGUCUCUUUAUUCCUACUUAGUGGGUUAAAGUUGUUUAACCCAGACAAGUCAAGAGAUAAAAUAACUCGCUGCUAGGUCCUUGCAUAUGGUAACCAACUGCUAGAAGCCUAAAAGAAUCAAAAGGUCUCACAACCUCCCUUUAUUAGCUUUCUUACUCAGUAUUUCAGAUCCCGUUAGCCCUGUGCUCUGAGAUGAUACGUUUUGUUUAGAACUAUUCUGCUCCAGAAUUCCUAAGCCCACACAGAGUAACUACAUGUCCCUGAGUAAUUUCACUCUGAGUCAGAGCAUUUUAACUAGCCAACCAGAUGAUUUAUGUUUUUUUCUCUCUGCUCAUCAGCUACAAGUAAAUUCUUGUAGUUUUUAAUCUUAAACUCUGAAUAAAAAAUCUUUUCCAAAAAUCAGAAUGAUCUUAUUUUUGCUUUAAGUUUUAUUAUCCUAGCAUCUUUUUGUUGCACAGCGCUCUGUUGAGGUCAUGUGCCUGAUUUCCUAUCAGUAUUGCUCUGGAGCUAUCUCAGGAAAGUUAACUGACCACCUUACCUUAAAUAUCACUGCAGGAAGUAAUUUUCUGACACACAUUGAUGCUAUGAUAAUGUCUCCUACAUCAGUGAGGCAUCACUUUGCAUAAUGUGAAAAAGAUUCUUAAUCUGACUUACAUGCUACUUUAUCCAUAUGUUUUUGAUAGCGGAAUCCUACUAAAUGAAUAAUGCUUAAAAAAGGGAGUAAGCUCAACAGUUCCUCUUUUAACCUGCUUUUAGGUUGGAAGAUACCACUCUUGAGUGAACAUGUAGAAGGACUUUAUUUUGUAAUGGGAGGGAGAAAUUUUUUCAGCAAACUUUGUUUUUCACCAUGAAAUAACAAUGACUUUUAAAAAUGGUAAUGGUAAUGUUUUAGGCAAGGAAAUAGUGAGACAGGCUAUGCUAGAGGUUCAGGUAAAAGCUGGUAUAACCUUUUGGGAAAACAUCAGUAACAAAUAUUUCAUACUCUCUGAUCCCAUAAUUUUUCCUAAGGAAUGAUCAUAAAUGCAGAAAAAGUUUAGAUAUAAAUACAUUCAUUAAGUGUUAUUUAUUUUACCUAAGAACUAGAAAUCAACUAAAUCCCUUGUGUAGAAAGAAUUUUCAAUGAGGAGAAAUGGUACAAUACUAAUUCAAUUCAAUUUUUAAUAUAUUUAUUGAGUACCUGUUAUAUAUUGGGGGGGUAGGAUAUACACCUGUAGGUACAGUUAUUAUGCACAUAUUUUAAAUGUAGACACUACUAUGCAUUAAUAUAAUGCAAAGAAAACACACCAAAUAUUAACUGUGGUAAGAGUGGUCAAAUGUGAUUUUAGUUCUUUUUUUUGCACCCUUAUAUGUUUUCUCUAUUUUCUGCAAUGAUCAUAUUACUUCCAUAAUUUAAAAAGUGAUUUUGAAAAAGAAAAAUUCAAGCAUCUCAUUUUAGUAAAGGUUUGUCAUUUUAAAAAAUAUAGCAAUAUGUGAUUUAAAAACAAAAAACACCUGGCAAAUGUGUGUGAGCCCAUCUUAUAAAAUAAAAGGCUAAUAUGCAAAUUGUCCCCUCGACCAGGAUUUUGACUAGGGGGCGGGGCUGGCUAGCCAACUGCCCUGCAGCCCUUACCCCCCUCCAGCCAACCCUGAGCAGCCCCUCAUCCCACCCCAAUUGGGGUGGGUUGGCUGGACCCUACCUGUGCACGAAUUUGUGCACUGGGCCUCUGGUUAGAUAUAUAUUUGCAAAAACGUGGAGAACCUCAUCAGUUUGCCUUGAAAAAAAUCAAAUAUAGAUCUUAGAGAAAUGUACAUAAAAGAAUGGGUCACAAUCCUUGAAUAAGAGGAUCCCUCCUCAACUUUAUAUUUUAAAAAGUAUACAUAGUAAAGAAAACCUCAAAGUAGUAUAGGAGGCUAUAAAAUGAAAAUGAAAUCUCACCCCCAGUUUUAUUCUCCAGAAGUAACCUUAAUCUAUUAACAGUUUCUUUUGUAAUUCUCGGAAAAUUUUUAUGCAUAAUAAGCAAAUAUGUAAUCUUUAUAUUUUAAAUAAAUGGGAUCAUAUUACAUAUA